AUGAAAGGAAGAGAUGUGAUUGUCAUGAGAGGAGAAGGCCAGCAUUUGUCUGAUGCCAGAGCCUCUGCAUGUUUAUGGGAAACUGGCCAUUCAGGAGACUCCUGUAAUGAUGGAAAUUUGAAGACCCUGCACUGUGUUUGCUUAUUGUCUGCCUACUAUGUGUCAGACACUGAGUCUAUGAAAUUCAAUGGAGAAGUGAUAGAAUUGAUUCAAAAAUGCAAUGAAUGCACAGUCAUAAACUAUGGCCACAUCCACCAAAGUCAACUCCUCCUACUGGCAAGAAGCUCAGCAGAACCUGCACAUGCACUUUUGAGGAAGAAACCUUGA